AUGGUCGAAAUGCAUAGCAUGGUGAAGAAGCUCAGUAUAUUGGAUCGGCUUCUCACUCCUGCUAUCCUCGUCUGCAUGAUUGUCGGCGUGCUCAUCGGGAACUUUGUCCCUGGCGUUCAAGAGGCGUUCGACACAGCACGCUUCCAGUCCGUCUCCGCCCCGAUCGCGGCGGGGCUGCUCGUCAUGAUGUGGCCCAUCCUCACCAAAGUGCGGUACGAGUCCCUGCCCGCGCUGCUCCCGACGCGCACGACGGCGGUGCACAUCGCGCUCUCGCUCGCGCUCAACUGGCUCGUCGCGCCCUUCGUGAUGCUCGCGCUCGCGUGGGCGGCGCUGCCCGACCUCCCGUCGUACCGCACGGGCGUGAUCAUGGUCGGCCUCGCGCGGUGCAUCGCGAUGGUCGUCGUGUGGAACGCGCUCGCGCGGGGCGACGGCGAGUACUGCGCGAUCCUCGUCGUCGUGAACAGCGCGCUGCAGGUGGUGCUCUACGCGCCGCUCGCGCUCCUGUUCGUGAACGUGCUGGGCGGGGGCGGGGGCGUCGAGCAGACGCUGCACGUGUCCUACGGGGACGUCGCGAUCUCGGUCCUCAUCUAUCUCGGCAUCCCGCUCCUCGCAGGGAUCGUGACGCGCUUCGUGGUGCUCAAGACGACGUCGCGCGCGUUCCUCGAGACGCGCUUCCUGCCGUGGUUCUCGCCGCUCGCGUUCGUCGGGCUGCUGUACACGAUCGUCGUCAUGUUCGCGUACCAGGGCCACCACAUCGUGCACAACCUCGGGCCCGUCUUCCGUGUCUUCGUCCCCCUCGUCCUCUACUUCGCCCUCAUGUGGUCCGCCGCGUUCGCGCUCGUCUGGUGGUGUGGGCGUCGUGCGCGGCGGCGGCAGGCCGGCGGGGCUGCGGGCCCGGCUGGCGCGGGUGUCGACUGGUCAUACGAGAUGGCGGUCGUCCAGAGCUUCACGGCCGCGAGCAACAAUUUCGUGAGAACUGGCCAUCGCGGUAACGAUGCAGUGUACGGCGUUGGCUCGGACCAAGCAUUGGCCGCUACGAUCGGACCGCUCGUCGAGGUGCCCGUGCUGCUCGCGCUCACGUGGGUGGCGUUGUUCUUGCGGCGGAAGCUGAAGUGGUCGGAGAAAGAGCAGGGAAGCGCUGCCUAG